AUGACCUCGAUCUCUCACAAGCAGCCGGGUCUUCAGCCUCAGGGACAGAGCAACAGCACUCCGGCCGCUUCCACCUCCCACUCUUCAUCCCCGUCGAUCAGCGGCUCCAACACCGCCGCCCGGUCGUACGCCAACGCCACCAAGAAGUCCACCGAGUCCGACUCUGGUUCUGCGCAAGGUGCUGGAGCUGGUGCUCACCAUGGAAAGUCGCCCUCGAUCUCUCCUGUGAACGGCCGGCCUCCCAUGCAGCAUAACCAGUCUUCCGGAGUGACCAUUGUCAAUGGCGCUCCUGGUGCCCCCCAGGGCGAUCACAACCGAAAACCCUCCGUCACCAUCAGCUCUGCAGGCACCUCCGGCUACAUGCCCAAUGGCGGUCCUGCGGGCGGUGCUUCCAGUCGCACCAACAGCAUCCAGUUUGGCUCGAUGAACCAGCAAGGUUCUCCGGCCAUGGGUUCGCCCGCCACGCUGGCCAGCCAGCCUCAGUCCGGUCUCGGUGUCUCGCAGCCCGUCAACCCUCGCAUCACCUCUCCCCAGACCUCCCCAUCCCCGAUUCCGCAGCCUUCGUCUAGUGGCGGCCGGCCGCCGUCGACGUAUCAGUCGCAAGGGAAUGCUCCUAACUUUGGAAGCUUUGGAGAAGCUGGAGAGAGACAGAUGCGACAGAAUCAGGCGCCUCUCGGCCCCGGACCGCAACCCAACCACCUGCGACGCGAAUCCUCCCAGUCGACACACAGUGAUAUGAGCGGCCAUAUGCCCGGUGGACCAAGCGGCCCUGGUCGCGGCGGUUACCCUCAUCAGGGUGGACGAGGUCGUGGAUACAAUCAGUCAGGAUACCAAGGACAAAUGCCCUACUCCCCAGGGCCCAACUUCCGGACCCCGAAUCAACCCCGCGGAGGACCGAAUAUGGGACCCCAAUUCCACGGCCACAACCAAGGACGACCUCUGGGCCCCCCGUUCCCCAACUCCCCGCACCAGGCUACCCGCAGCCCGGCGAUGGCGAACGCUCAUCCAGCGACUCCCCAGAUGAACCAGGUCCCCAUGGCGGCGCAUCCCCAGAUGCCCGCCCAGCAUUACGGUGCUUACAACCAGCACAUGGGACCUCAAACAGUGAGGCACCCCCCUCCUUCUGUUAAACCCCGUCGGAACCCUGCGCCGAAGAGACUGCGAGGCACCCGUUCCAGCUCUUCGACAAACCCCCAUUACCCCUAUUCUGCUGUCAACCUUCCACCCCCCAACCUCUCACCCGAAAGUGGUCAGUUUGAGCAGUAUCUAAUGCUGAUGAAAAAUCAGAACUACCCUCAUGCCGCCUAUGACCCCAACUACGGUUACUACAACCCGGCCUAUGGCAUGCAGCAGAAUAUGUACAUGACCCCUCCUUCGCCGCAACCCCGUCCUGGCAUGCCGUAUAACCCACAGGCUCCGUACAUGCAACACCAGUACCCAGCCGGCGUCCAACCCCCUGCUCAGGCGACUCCCUUGUCGAGAACUCCAUCCCAAGUCUCCAACGACCGUCCCGGCUCGAGCCUUGGUCAAGGACCUGCUCCGACGAGCGCUCCGGCCCCUGGACAUGCUCACAGUGCCAGCAUGUCUUCGGGUAGCCCGGCCCCACAGAAGAACCACUUCGUCAUCCCUCCUAACAAGAAGAGCCCUCUCGUGAUUAAAGACCCUGGCAGUGGUGUUGUGAAGACCUUCGAGAAGCAGCCCGCCUCGCCAGCGCGCGGAACUCCCUCCCCCGUCAAGGGCUCGGCCGCGACCCCGCCGCCUCGCAAUGGCGCGGACAAUGGCAAGCCCACUAAGACGGACGAGGAGAAGAAGAAGGAGCUUAAGGAUGCGGCGCGCAAAGAGGAAGAAGCGCGCAAGGAGGAAGAAGCGCGCAAGGAGGAAGAAGCGCGCAAGGAGGAAGAAGCGCGCAAGGAGGAAGAGGCCCGCAAAGAGGAGGAGGCUCUGAAGGAAGAAGAGGCGCGCAAGGCGGUCGAAGAACUGUCGCUGCAAGACAAGGAUGAAGCUGCCCCGGCGGAGUCGAAGGAGCCUGCGGAACCCGCCAAGGCGGAGGACGAGGCUAAGGAGGAGGAGCCUACCAAGGAAACUGAACAGGCUACUGGAGAGCCCGCCGAGGAGAAGCCUGCUGAUGCUGCUGACGCUACUGACGCCGCUGAGAAGAAGACUGAGGAGAAGUCUGAGCAGCCCGCCGAAGAUGAGAUUGACUACGAAGCCAUUGAACGUGAAUUGGCUGAGAUCGAGGCAAGAGAAGCGGCCGCUGAGGCGGAAUACCAGCGGAGGAAGCAGCAAGAGAAGGAAGAGAGAGAACGCAAGGAGAGAGAAGAGCUCGAAGCCGUGGGAGCGGAACA